CGUGGAUGAAUACAUGUCUCUGCCCAUCGGGCCAUCACAUGCAUGAUAUAAUCUUUUUCGAUAAUUUAAUAUCGCUGAGUUUGUCCAUUGUCUUUCAUCUUGAAUUGACAGAAUAGAUAGAAUAUAAACCGGAGCAUAUGCUGAACAUCUUUUGACAAAAAAUCUAGGUUAUCAUCACCAGUGUCUGCCUGGUACAUAUUUAGUAAAGAGAAUUUCGGUAACCUCACACUGAUUUCGUCAUCAUGAUGAACGAUUCUUGGCGCGUUGAUGAUGACCUUGCGGCUGACUUCGAUGGAUCCCUCUCGGGCCUUGGGGUCGAGCUUGGAUCGGGCGCAUACAACAUGAGUGAGGCGUUGAUGGCACUGCCUGCUCUACUGAAGGAGGAUGGCAUGAAUACAUCGUGCGAGACUUCGCCCUCCCACCAUGCAAGUCACGGCUUCGAUAUAAAAGUGAACCAGACGACCUUUCAGUACGUCCUUGCUGCCCCCACCUCGCCUGCGACCAAAAUGAAUGAAGAAACUCUCACAUAUCUCAACCAAGGCCAGUCUUACCAGCUGAAACUAAAACAAAUCAACUCAGAUGCCAGCUCACAGGGUAAAACGUAUAGGAGUAUUGUCCGAAUCAUCUUCCAUGACCGGCGUCUUCAGUUCAUGGAACAGGAGCAGAUCGAUGCGUGGAAGCGUGCCAGGCCCGGGGAACGAAUCUUGGAUGUCGACAUUCCUCUGUCCUAUGGCAUAUCGGACAUCAAGGUGGACCCAGCACACGCCAACGUCAUCGAAUUCACGUGGGACCCGUCGAUAGAGACGGGCGUCUACAUUCAGGUCCAGUGCAUCAGUACGGAGUUCACGGCAAAGAAACAUGGCGGUGAGAAAGGCGUGCCGUUCCGGGUUCAAGUCGACACAUUCACCAAUGAUGACGAAGAACCGGAGUACCGAAACUCUGCUUCGUGUCAGAUUAAAGUUUUCAAGCCCAAAGGUGCUGAUCGAAAACACAAGACAGACCGGGAGAAAAUGGAAAAGUUCACUGAAAGUGAAAAGAAAAAUUACCAACCAUCGUACGAGUGUACUGUCCUCUGCGAACCGAUGCCCGAGUUUGAUAACGUUGCAUGGACAUAUCAUAACUUGGACAACACCGGCCACCACCAGAAAUGGGGGACCGGGCACUACGAGGACUGGGGGCACCAACAAGCGGGCACUGGGCAGGCAUGGGACUGCAUGUACGGCCACGGCGGGCAUCAAUGGAUGGAGGAAAUGCUGCGCCCGUAUUACGGAGACUGGUUCGGCAACUACAUCGGUUAUGAUAGGUUAAAGGUGCCAUUGGAUCAGCUUUAUACAUCGUUUUCGAAUUCAGCGAAUAACACAAGUGCAAGUGCAAGUUUAGCCAGUGAGCCCGGGACGGAGCUGAGUUUCAGGGGGUCGCCAGUAAGCGUUCACAGCCCUGAUCCCAGUCCGUGUCGGUCACAACAGUCACUUCCAGAAGAAGCACAGUCGUUAUCGCCUGAUGCCACUGCCAAACAAACAGCCGACUGGUUGCAAACAAAUCGAUUUGCACAAUAUGUAAAAGUGUUUCAGAAUUUUUCAGGUGCUGACUUGCUGCGGCUGACAAGGGACGAUCUCAUCCAAAUAUGCGGUCUUGCCGACGGAAUCCGGUUGAACAAUCUUCUGCAGUUCAAAGUUGUACGGCCUCGCAUGACGAUAUACGUUUGCCAGGAGAGUGAAAAGGUUUAUCACGCCGUGUACCUUGAGACAUUAGAAUACGAAGAGCUGCUUUUAAAAAUCGCUCAACUCUUUUCGGUACCGCUUGAAAAAAUAUGUGAUGUGUUUAUUCAGGGGCCGUCGGGGAUUCAUGUUAUGUUGACAACAGAGGUGAUACACAAUUUACAGGAUCAGGUCAGAUUGGCUGUGGACGCAAUGAAAGAUGAGCACGGCCAGUACAGGAUUCUGUUCAAAACCAUGGACUGAGGCAAUGCUACUUGAAACGGCGAGCGUUUUCGCAGAUUUUUGCAAAUUGUAUCAAUUUGCGAAAUGCCUACGUAAAUUUAGGCCUUUACAGUAGCCUAGUCGUGAUUGUCGAAAUUGUUGGUGUGCAGAAAGGUACUAAGUGCAUAGCUCCCGAUUGAAAAUCUAUGGAGCAAAUCCAACUCCGGAGAAGUGAGGGUUAAUUGUUAAGGAUAAUUGUUGUUUGAAAGAGUAGUGCGACCUUAUAGAUGGCCGCGCCAGUUCUGCGAUGAUUUAUUCUGUUAUAAUGCAAGUGCUGCCAUCACGAUCUCAUUCCUGGCCUCUAAUAAUAUGUACAGUACAUGUACUUCUUCACUUGUAGUUAAAGGAAUUGAUACCGAACUGGAGGGAUUGGUUGGCUCACAGAACUCUGUGAGGAUGGAGCUAAAAUAUCGGCCAAAACUGGCAGAGCAGCCUCCGUUUCAGCAAACUGACAUCUCAACUCGAGCAGUGUUUGGUGAAUCAACCAAUACUUUGCUUUACUCUCCUUUCGCAUUUACACUUUUAGCCGUAUCAUGAUACAAUAGGUAAACAUUGUGAUAAAUAAACUUCCUUUAUUUCAUUAUAAAUAAGUAUUCAUUACAUCAUUCUCUGAGUUUCACAAAUAAGAUGUUAAAAUGUCUCGUCCAGUGAUAAUGUAAGCAACCACACAAUAUCACUUCUUGGGCAGCAUUAAUGCAUCCUGUGACAGAGGUUGUGAUGUUUGCAUGUUGUCAAGAAUCUUCCAGAGUUUCUGGUUCUUCGGUGCUCUUCCAAGAUCUGACCUUCACCUCCAUGACCUCUAUAGAUCUGACCUUGACCUCUGUCUGUGUCCUGACCUCUAUAGCCGUCUGCUUGUUGGUCUCCUGGUCAAACUUGAUUUGGGAAGUAAGAAAAGGAAAGAGAAAGAAAGAGAAAGAAAGCAGAAGUCAGGGAUAGAUAGAUGGAAGAAAAUGAAGAAAAUUGCUAAUUCGACCAUUUGGAAUCUGUAGGCCUUGGUCUCGCAAGCCAGUGAGGAGGAUUUCUCCGGUUCAGCCACCAAGUAGGCCUGGUUCUGGGAUGCAAGGCAUGUUCUGGAUUCCUCAUGAGGUGAAACAUUUGGCAAUGAUUACCACAACCUAUACUUUUUUUG